AUGCUUAUUGAGUUAGCUGGUGGCUGGGAAUAUAUAAAGAGUUCAGGAUUCCCAGAAGGUCUUGAAUAUCACACAAUCAUCCCACACAUCAUGUUGACACUCAAUCUUUUAACCGCAUUGCUGGCACCAGGUGUGCUAUCAGCUGCCUUGCUCCCUCGCCAGUCAGAUGAUCUCAGUGCAUUUGUCAAGUCCGAGUCUGCUAUUGCUCUUCAAGCCAUUUUGAACAACAUUGGUGCCGAUGGCUCUGCUGUUUCUGGGGCCUCUGCUGGCAUUGUGGUAGCAUCCCCAUCUAAAUCGGACCCCGAUUACUUCUAUACCUGGACUCGUGAUGCAGCUUUGACACUGAAGGUGUUGAUUGAUGACUUCAUUUCCGGUGACGACUCGCUGGAAUCUACCAUCCAGGACUAUAUCACUGCUCAAGCGAAGCUGCAGACCGUGUCUAACCCAUCCGGCGAAUUGUCUGAUGGGUCAGGACUUGCAGAGCCCAAGUUUAUGGUAGACCAGACUGCUUUCACAGGUGAAUGGGGUCGUCCUCAGCGUGACGGGCCCGCUCUACGAGCGACAGCCAUGAUUGCCUAUGGUAACCAUUUGAUUUCGAGCGAAAAGGAGGACGUCGCCAAGGCGAACAUUUGGCCCAUCGUUCAGAAUGACCUGAGCUAUGUCGCGCAAUACUGGAACCAGACCGGUUUUGAUCUGUGGGAGGAGGUCGAGGGCUCCUCAUUCUUCACUAUUGCCGCACAGCACCGUGCAUUGGUUGAGGGCAGUGCAUUUGCCAAGGCGCUGGGAGAGACCUGCGAUGGAUGUGAUUCCCAGGCACCUCAGGUACUAUGCUUCCUGCAGAGUUUCUGGAAUGGCGAAGCUGUCGUUUCCAACAUAGCCGACAAUGGUCGCACCGGUCUCGAUGCAAACUCCGUGCUUGCUUCGCUCCAACUGUUUGACCCCAAGGCUACUUGCGAUGACGCAACCUUCCAGCCUUGCUCUGCGCGUGCCCUGUCUAACCACAAGGUAUACGUUGACUCGUUCCGUGAGAUCUAUGGCGUGAACAGCGGCAAGGAGGCUGGAAGUGCCGUCGCUGUUGGACGUUAUGCUGAAGAUACCUACAUGGACGGCAACCCAUGGUACUUGACAACACUGGCUGCUGCUGAGCAGUUGUAUGAUGCUGUUUACCAGUGGAAGCAACAGAAAUCGCUGUCCAUCACCGAGCUCAGUCUUCCUUUCUUCCAGGAUCUGGACUCGUCUGCCGCCGUCGGAGACUAUGACAGCGAUUCGGACACUUACACCUCCCUCACUGCUGCAGUCACCAAAUAUGCCGAUGGGUUUGUGUCUGUCGUUCAGGAGUACACCCCCAGCGAUGGAGCUCUAGCCGAACAAUUCACUCGGGACAAUGGCGACCCAGCCUCUGCCAGUGACUUGACCUGGUCCUAUGCGGCAUUUGUGACUGCUGCCGAGCGUCGGGCUGGAACAGUGCCCGCUGGCUGGGGUGCAUCGGGUGCCAAUAAGGUUCCCGAUACAUGCGAGGGAAGCUCGGCUGAGGGUACUUACGCGGAGCCAUCAAUCGGCUCGUGGUAA